AUGCCCCAGUCCAACCAUGCCCCAGUCAACCAUGCCCCAGUCCAACCAUGCCGCAGUCCAACCAUGCCCCAGUCAAGCAUGCCCCAGUCCAAGCAUGCCCCAGUCCAACCAUGCCCCAGUCCAAGCGGGCCCCAGUCCAACCAUGCCCCAGUCCAAGCAUGCCCCAAUCCAACCAUGCCCCAGUCAACCAUGCCGCAGUCCAACCAUGCCCCAGUCCAAGCAUGCCCCAGUCCAAGCGGGCCCCAGUCCAACCAUGCCCCAGUCCAAGCGGGCCCCAGUCCAAGCAUGCCCCAGUCCAAGCAUGCCCCAGUCCAAGCAUGCCCCAGUCAAGCAUGCCCCAGUCCAAGCAUGCCCCAGUCCAACCAUGCCCCAGUCCAAGUAUGCCCCAGUCCAACCAUGCCGCAGUCCAAGCAUGCCCCAGUCAACCAUGCCCCAGUCCAAGUAUGCCCCAGUCCAACCAUGCCCCAGUCCAAGCGGGCCCCAGUCAAGCAUGCCCCAGUCCAACCAUGCCCCAGUCCAACCAUGCCCCAGUCCAACCAUGCCCCAGUCCAACCAUGCCGCAGUCCAAGCAUGCCCCAGUCCAACCAUGCCCCAGUCAAGUAUGCCCCAGUCAAGCAUGCCCCAGUCAAGCACCCCAGUCCAACCAUGCCCCAGUCCAAGCAUGCCCCAGUCUUACGUACCUUUAAUAAUUGGGGGCCUAUUAAGAUUGAGACCAUUUAA